UUAGCGUAAACUGUCAUAGUCGCACCAAAUUGUGGCUCUCUGUUUCUGUUUUUAGCGGAAGCUCAGUAGGCAAACUCGUGAAAACAUGGAGAAAAUCAACAGAAAAUCAUCGGCUCGGGCUUCGAUCAAGCUGGGAGAACUAGACUAUACGCCGGUGCUGAUUGCACUAGCUGUUGUCCUUGUAACAUUGGUGGUUCUGUUCCUAUGGAAACGCAAGAAGACCGUACGGUCGGCAGUACUGUUUACCGGGCUGUGUGAUUCUGGCAAAACGUUCCUCUUUACACACUUGUGUCUUGGCGGAGGUCGCGAAACGUUCACGUCGAUUAAGGAGAAUGUCGGCAGCUUCAAGACGGAUAAGGGCCGUGAGCUGAAGAUGGUCGAUGUGCCCGGACACGAACGGUUGCGGGGCAAGUUCUUUGAUGAGUAUAAAACCAUUGCCCAGGCUAUCGUGUUCAUGAUCGACAGUGUUACGGUGCAGAAAGAUAUCCGGGAUGUUGCAGACUUCCUGUACACUGUUUUAGCGGAUAAGGCCACGACAAAGGUUCCCGUCGUUGUACUGUGCAACAAGCAGGACGAAACGUUGGCCAAAACCGAAACGGCCAUCAAAAGCAUGCUGGAAAAGGAAAUAAAUAUCGUUCGUCAGACCCGCCGAAGUCAACUACAAUCCGUCGAUAACAGUACAUCGUCGGAAUCAUUUUUGGGCAAAUCGGCCGGUGUAGAUUUCGAGUUUGAGCAGCUCGGCCAAAGGAUACGCUUUGUGUCGUGCUCGACCAAGGAGGAAAAAUACGAAGGACUGACAUCAUUCCUAGAAUCCCUGUGAACGGAUUUGCUCUUGCACAUAGUCGUGCUGCUCAUUGAGUCCCGCUUUCUCAUCAUCUAGUUUUCACCUAAUGUGUGUUUCAUACUGUACGUAAUAAAACUGUUUCAAUAACAACACCGGUAUUAACAAA